AAGACAAAAUUCCUGGCAUAGACAUGCGUCUGGUGAUGAAAAAAGUACAGUGUAAAGAAGACAACGCUGAACAAACGAUGAGGUCCUAUACAAGUGAAAAAGUAUGUGCACGAACAAUGCACUUUGCAAUUGUCCCCUUGCUUGGAAUACGAGAGGAUCCAAAGAAAAGGGAAUUUUAUUUUCUUUCGCCUUAUAUGGACAAUGGGAAUCUCAAUUCUGCUAUAGAAAAAGACAGUAAGCUAGUCAGCAAGCAUCUACAGCCAAUAUUAAAUGUACGCCAUAGGCUAAGGAUAAUGUUUCAGAUAGCUUCAGCAAUUGAUUUUCUGCAUACGCCCGUUCCUGAUAUAAGAGGACUGAUAUUACACAUGGAUAUUAAAUCCUUAAAUAUUGUCCUUGACCAAAAUCUAAAUGCAAGGAUAAUUGAUUUUGGGCUAGCACGUGAGAUGAAACAUGGUCAUGACCAUACAAGUACUACAAGUUUACACUAUUAUGCUACGCCAGGGUAUGAUAAACUGACACAACAGCAGAUUCUAGGGAAACAUGAUGACUAUCGUUAUUUUGGUGUUGUUAUGCGAGAGCUUCUAACCGGUAGAAAACCGUCCAUUGAAGGAUGUCCAGAAGCGACGUUAAAGGAUCAAUCUGUAACUAAGAUUAAAAGAGCAUCAAUGAAAAUGUGGAAGGAUUUAGUAGCGGAUCCACCUGUGACAGAUCGUUUAGUUGAGCUUUCUGUGAAAUGUAUAACAAAUAAGGACAUUACAUCCAAAACAUUGGUAACUGAACUUAAGCAACUUCUCGCUGAUACAAAUACUAAAAGAUGGGCAAGAAAAAAUGAGUCGAGUAGAUGUGACAUGUGUUUGGAAUACGAAGCAGGUAAUGAUUUAAAAAAUGUAUUGAUUUGCUUAUGUUAAUUAUAACAUUUAGAAAACAUUGCUUAGCACUUAAUCUACAAUAUUUGCAUUUUCACUGAACUGAGCCUUUUUAGAAGUGAUCAGUACCAGUUAAGCUUUGUUUGCAUGUGCUACAAAGGGUAUUUCUUUGCAAAUGACGUUCUGAGGUCUAUUUUUGUUAUGGGAUAUUAUUACCAAGCUUAGUACAUAUCUAGCUUUCUUAGAGACUUGGGUACUGUUUAUGUUCUGGUCACUGGGGUCAAUGUCAAGAUAAUUGUUACUAAAAAUAGAAAAAAAUAGGUUUCUCACAAUUACUUCAGUUAGGAAUUAGGUAAACAGUCCAGGCCUGGUAGUUAUGUAGCUUUCAUAGAGAUCAAUAUUUUUGAUUCAUUUUGAAUAGCUUGAGCCAUUAUUACUAAGUGCAGAAAUGGUUUUCGGUCAAUUAUUCAGUUAAGAAAGAGCAGCUUUCGUGGUGACCAACACCCAAUUGCAUUUAAGAGUUUUAAUAGGCAGAUAAUGUUUCAUCAAGGGCUAAACCUUUAUCCCGUUUGUUCAAGGAAUUUCCUUGUUCUUAAAAGAAGAUGUUAUGGCAGCAUAUAGAAAUUGGACUGUUGAUCUAGCCCCUUAGUAUCCAAUCGAUAACUGAAGAAUGCUUCAACUCAGGAUGACCAGAUUUGGUGGGCAGAUCAAGACUUGCAGAUAAACCCUUUUGAGUUGCAGUGUGCAAGAGCUGGAAAUUGGUUUGAGAUCGAUUAAGAAUGCCUCAUCUCAGGAUCCUAAAAAACAAAGACAAAAAAAAAAAAAAAAAAAAAAAAAAAAAAACAGGGAAUGCCGCGUACCAAAAACGCCAAAAACGCAGCCUCCCCUAAAUCUUCCUAGCAGGUGACCGUUAGAUGACAUGUUUUGAUUUUGAAGCCGGUAGGUCAAGGUGGCAGUGACCUUGAGUUAAAAGUUGAUUUCCGAUCAAUAGCUCAAGAAAGUUUCAUGUCGGGAACCUCAAUCUGCCUUAGCAUAAGCCGUUUGGUCGUGACCGGCAGAUGAGGUCUAUCGACAUAGAGCUUUUUUUAGUUUGAAGCUCAAAGCCACAGUGACAAGCUGAAAUUUGAUUUCCGGUCGAAACUGGAAAGGUUUGAGCGAAGAAACGUCAAACUUCCUAGGCAGGUUGAUCAUUACUAGAAAAGGACACCCGUAGAAUUUGACUUCGGCAUGUCAAAGGUCAAUUUGGCAGUGACCUUUAUAUUAUCUAAAAUUGGUUUUCUAUGAGUAACUCAAGAACGCUUCAGCUCAGGAACAUCAAACUUCCUAGGCAGAUUGAACCAGAAAAGAUGACUUAUAUCAGUUUCAAGGUCAGUAGGCCAGAGGUCGAAGUAAUUACAGUUAAGUAUUAUUUUCCACUUUUUCAUGCAUAAUUGAUAUGGCACCAUUCAGACUAUGCAUGUUUAGAUUAUCUAAAAGAUUUUCCGCAUGAAAUAGGAGAGAAAUAUUAAUUAAUUUCUCUCUGGCAUUCUGUCGCAAAGUUUGUCCGCGCAACUCUUCUGACACCUCCAGGCGGAUUUACACCUAAGAUCAUAAAAAUGAUUGUUGCAAAGCCUAGUUGUGCAUACCGUCUGCUUUUUUCCAAUUCGGUUACUUUCAGCAGAAUUAUGGCCAUUGAUUCUUUAGGUUUUACGAGGGUCCUGCAAAAAGUAAUGUCACUAAUGGGCUUCCGUAGUUUUAUCUCCUACAUUUUUAAAACGCUUAUUGCACUUGAAAGAUGUAUCCAAUAGCUAACGAUAUCCGUUUAUUUUGGGUCAAUUGCUUUAGAAAUAACCGAGUUAUUUUAAAUUGAAAUAAUGCAGUCACAUACACUGACCAAUGUACCUUUCAUAUUGUAAAAUGGACGAAAAGACUGUAAUUUGUAGCUAUAUUAAAUGCCGCAUUAGGCUUAACAUAAAUAUUUAAUGAAUUUUAAGGUAUAUAUGGAUCCCAGGUCAUUUCAAUGCGUACAGUUUUAGGGGGAUUAAAGCUUUUAAAGCUGUGAAAUUAUCUGUCGAAGAUGAUUAAAUCUCUUUGAUAGCUGUAAAAGCUGUGGUCAAACAAGAAGCGGCGCUGUUGUCGGUGAAAGUUAUAGCCAGUUGUACUUGCAUAUUAGAAGGCAGUGUGCAAACAAUUCUGAAAAAGCGUUUGGACCUGAGAAAGGUUUGCACUAGGUGGGUAACUCAGUUGCUCACUGAGGAGCAAAAGAAACUAAGCCGUAAAUUUGUCCGGGAACUUUUGAAAACAUACAAAGGCUGUGAUAGUCGAGUUAUUUCUAACUUGCUAGCAGGUGACGAGACCUGGGCGCACAUGUUUGCGCCACAUAAAAGGGAUGAUAAUAAGCAACGGAAGAGAAAAGAUGAAAAACGCCUCUGUAUUGCCAAGAGAACCAUAAGUUGGAAAAAGAUGUUAUUCGCAAUAUUCGUCAAUUCUAGCGGGCCAGUCAUUAAGUUCUUUGUCCAUCUGGUCAUACAGUCACUGGACAAUUCUACAAGAAUCUGUACUGAAGAAACUGAAAACGUUUUACAAGAGAAACGUCCAAGCAAAGGAUGGUCUGGAGUCCAUAUUAAACACGAUAACGCCUCCUCUCACAAGUGCGAUGUUUUUAGCUCGACUAUUCGAAGAAUAAGUACAGCUAUCCUACUCACCAUGGCGUCGGCGUCGGCGUCGGUGUCGGCGUCACACUUUGGUGAAGUUUUUUGUACCAGUCCACAUUUUGACAAAGUCUUUUGAGAUAAAGCUUUGAAACUUUGAACACUUGUUUACCAUCACCAUGGCCAGUUAUAGGCAAGAGCACAUAACUCCAUCAAGGAUUUUGGCUGAAUUAUGGCCCCUUUUGACUUAGAAAUCAUGGUUAAGUUUUUCGUACCAGUUCAUAUCUUGACAAAGUCUUCUAAGAUAAAGCUUUGAAACUUUCAACACUUGUUUACCAUCACCAUGGCCAGUUAUAGGCAAGAGCACAUAACUCCAUCAAGGAUUUUGGCUGAAUUAUGGUCCCUUUCGACUUAGACUUGGUUAAGUUUUUCGUACCAGUUCGUAUUUUGACAAAGUCUUUUGAGAUAAAGCUUUGAAACUUUCAACACUUGUUUAUCAUCACCAUGUCCAGUUAUAGGCAAGAGCACAUAACUCCAUCAAGGAUUUUGGCUGAAUUAUGGCCCUUUUUUACUUAGAAAUCUGGGUUAAUAUUUCGUACCAGUUCAUAUUUUGACAAAGUCUUUUGAGAUAAAGCUUUGAAACUUUCAACACCUGUUUAUCAUCACCAUGGCCAGUUAUAGGCAAGAGUACAUAACUCCAUCAAGGAUUUUGGCUGAAUUAUGGCCCCUUUUGACUUAUAAAUCUUGGUUAAAUUUUCCGUACCAGUUCAUAU